UUUUUCUCUUAUACCGAAAAACAGAAACACAGCCAGCUUGUUGUUUCGCCGGCCGUGUGAUGACAGUUUAACCAGUUUUAUGCUACAUGUUGUUUUACAUUCAGACCAAACUGUCUUCACCAAGUGUCCCUGGUGUAAAAUCCUCGAUAAGACAUAGCAAGAUCUGAAGACGUCACCUUGAACUCUCUUUAUUGACCAAACCACUGAUUGAUUAAUCCAGAAGGAGAUAAAUUAUCGUCUCUGGGACAGUCAGGAAUUCACUUGCUCUUGGAAGGUUCCAGUUUCUGGCUCUGCGGCGUCGCCUUCCUCAAUUCUGAGCAUAUAACACUUUACAGAUUUCCUGGACGCCAUGGCUCACUGACAUCAUUUCACAGACUUGAUAUUACUGGAUCAGCCAACUGCCAUGCCACGACCAAAGGGCUACUCCAUCAAUUCAUCCCCUCCGGACGAUGGCGAGGACAGUGAAUCCCUCAUCCAGAGCGAUGCAGCAGUUCCUUCUCUGUGCUGCUCGAGUCGCCUCAGCCUCGCCUUCCUCAUGUUCCUCGGGUUCUCCGUGGUCUACGGUCUCCGUGUCAACCUCAGUGUCGCCAUGGUGGCCAUGGUGAACACCACUGACCCCAGGCCAGCCCAAAACAGCUCCAAUGUCCACGCAUGUCCACUGUCGCCAGGGACGGAAAACACCAGUGACACUUUUCUACAACCUGAGGGGAUCCCUCAGUACCCGUGGGACUCGGAGACCCAGGGCUGGCUGCUGGGGGCCUUCUUCUUUGGCUACCUCUUAACACAGAUCCCAGGAGGUUACCUGGCUGGUCACUACGGGGGGAGUAUCUUCCUGGGUUUGGGUGUGCUGGGCACAGCUGUCCUCACCCUCCUCACCCCUCUGGCUGCUCAGCAGGGGUCGUACUGGCUGUUUGCACUACGAGCGCUGGAGGGCUUCGGGGAGGGUGUCACGUUCCCGGCCAUGAUGGCGAUGUGGGCUCGGUGGGCUCCUCCCCUGGAGCGCUCUCGCCUGAUGACCCUGUCGGGAUCCGGGGCCAGCUUUGGAGCCUUUGUGGCUCUGCCGCUCACGGGCUUCAUCUGCCAAACACUGGGCUGGCCCGCUGUGUUCUACCUGUGCGGGGGUGCUGGUUGCCUCUGGUCCAUCUUUUGGUUUAUUUUUGUGUCAGAUGACCCUCGCACCCAUCGUCGAAUCAGCAAAGAGGAGAGAGAUUACAUCAUAAACUCUAUUGGACCUCAGGGUACAGGUCAUGGUUGGUCCGUGCCGCUGCUGCCCAUGGUGCUCUCUGUCCCUCUGUGGGCCAUCAUCAUCACCCAGAUGUGUUCAAACUGGUCCUACUACACCCUGCUCACCUCUCUGCCCACCUACAUGGACAACAUCCUGCACUUUGACCUCAAAUCGAAUGGUUUCCUGUCCGCUCUGCCGUACUUUGGCAGCUUGUUGUUGUCCACGGGGUCGGGUGUCGUAGCAGACAGCCUCAUCGAGAGGAGGGUGUUCAGCAUCACCACCGUGCGCAAGCUCUUUACACUCACAGGCCUGUUGCUUCCUGCUGCUUUCUUUGUGGCUGUGGGUUACUCCGGCUGCAGCCACAUCCUCAGCGUCACCUUCCUCACGCUCUCCACAACCACAGGAGGGACCAGCUCCUCCGGAGUCUUCAUCAACCAGAUCGACAUCGCUCCUCGGUACGCAGGAUUUCUUCUGGGAAUCACCAACACAUUCGGGACCAUUCCUGGUGUUGUGGCACCGAUAGCGACAGGAUACUUUACUAAAGAUCACACCCUGGCGGGCUGGAGGACAGUGUUCUGGGUCGCAGCUGGGAUCAACGUCGGCGGCGCUCUCUUCUUCACAAUAUUUGGCAGUGGGAAGAUUCAACCGUGGGCCAUCACAGAGGAGGAGAGGGCAGAGACAGAGACAAAGAGGAGCAGGUUCAUCUCAACAUAAACACAAAUACAUCCAACAUCACCAGUGCGCAGAAAUAAACAGGUGCAGCUUUAAAAGACAGGCAGUCACAGGAUGUUUAAACCCAGUAUACUGAAUACAGAGGAAGAGACUUAGAGCACUAUCUGUUUGUUUUCUGACAUUAAAGGAACGUAUGCAAUAUUCACACUUGACAAAAUAAAGAGUGUGAGAGGUUUAAAAAAAACAAAAACAUGUAGCCUGAGAACAAUAUUAUAAGCUAAACAUAGCAAAACAUUCAUAUUAUCAAACAUAAGAUAUCAUGGUCAAGUAGUAUUGGUCUCUACAGUGUGUGCAGAAUUGUUAUCUAUAAUAUGUAGCUUUGAUUCUGGUCUUUGACAGUUGGUGAGCUUUUAAACUAAUUUGUACAGUAGUUUGAGUAAAGAGAUCAAAGUUAUAGAGAUGUUUUAUACAUUAAAAUCACAUUUUAGCCACAUUUUAAGGGUCACAGACAAGUGGACAGAUGUACACUGCUAUGAUUCAACACCUGCUGGACAUUCACUGCCAUUACCAGUGGAGACAUCCUUUUUUAUUUUACUUCUUUCCUGUUUACAAUUGUUGAAAAGUUUUAAGGUACCACUCUUUGCCUUACACCAGUUUUUACGUUUUAACCACUGAAUAAUUCUUGGACUACACAGCACCUCAGGUGAGAACAAAUCAAAUGGUUUUCAUAUAUUUUCAAGCUUUUCUUGGACAGUGAAUCAAAUGGGAUCAAAUGUUUUAUGAUCAAACCACAUGUCAUUAACUGCUUUGUUUACAGUUGUGUCUGUUUUCUGACCACUUCAAGACUGUGCAGUAGGACCAAAAGAAGCACUUUAUGCAUAUGAAAAGACACCAAAAGCCUUAUUUUUGAUAAAAGUGCCAAUAUUUUGCUAAAUUAAUAUUAUAGUAGAAGGUUUUAUCCAAUCUUUAGAAAGCUACGGUGCUUUAGUCUCAUUCAGAAGACCAAAGCACAUAUUCAUUUCUUCAACUACAGUACUACAAUAAUUCUAUUUUUUAUCCAACAUAGGACGUUUUAAAAAGCUCACCAUUUUUGUAAAUUCUUGCAGAAUAUGAAAAUGCACUGUGAUUUUAAAGGUGUUAAGUCUGUAACAGAUGCAAUAAUUUAUGUACUUCCUCUGUGAUUUGAAAAUAUGGGAUGUUAUACACAUAUGUUAAUGUUUUAGUUCAUUUUAUUGUGAAAAGAAUCAAAUUUGUUUAAGGAAAAAAAAAAAUGAGCAAAAGGCAAAAGCCUCCAUUAAAAUGUUUCCAGGAUACGAGAUGUUCCUCUGUUACUGAAUGAAAAAUUGCUGCCUGAUUGCAAACGAUUCCUCCCUACAUCCACUAGGUGGCGCAAGAAAAUAAAUGUUAGCAGUGGAAUGAAAUGGAAAGAGCGACGCAACCAACUGGCUAUGAUCAUAUGAGUUAAUAUUCCAUAUAUUUUUAUGUAUAUGUACUUAGGUCAUAACCAGUUUUCAGAGCUUGUCUUAUGUGUAGUGUAUACAUGUGAAGCCUUCAACAUUUGUUUUUCUUUUUUUAUAGCUUUAUUUUUAUUUCAUUACUUUUUCUUCCAUGUGAUUUUCGUCAUUUACAAGCAGACAUUUUUUCUCUUUGUUUAAUCUUUGUCAUGAUGUAUUUUCACGGAGUAGCAGGUCUGAUAAAAGGCCUGACAGUUCACUCAGAGGGUCGGACUCCUGUUACCCGGACGCUGCCGGAGUUUGCAUCAGCUGUUUUCGAUGAAUGAACCGGAUGUUGUCAGAGUGAAGCCCGGUGGUGCAGGAGGAUUUGUCGCCCUCGUGUCAACUGCACGUUCCCUCCCCCGGUUUAUUUACACACUCUGGUUAUUAUCACCUCUUCACUGGCAGUUUAAUCCGAAUGAUUACAUUUUAUUAGCAAAAGAAAGGAUCGACAUCACCUUACUGCACGGAAAGCUGCUCUGUAAUUUACUGUUUCAGGAGGUUAUGAUGUGAAUAUUUCACGACAAUUGAAAAAAAAAAAAAGCUUAAGUUUAGUUUUCAUGUCGUUUAAACUUCUACCAAACCGUAUUUAAUU